UUUCAGAUUCACAAAACAACCUACGACCUCGUCUACGGAAUAACGCAACGAAAGCAGACUUUGGUUUCCUCAUCUCCAAGCUACGAAUUCUCAAGACUUGGAAAACAAAGUCGCCUUCGACGGGCACUCCACAAGCUGGAAGAGAAAGGGAAUAUUCUACAUCUACAUAAACCUGCAGGGUUACAACCGGAUCACCAUGGCAUUUUACAACCCUACUGAAGGGUUGGGGGCAGACCUGCCUCUCAGUGACGAUGACCUCAGUGCAAUGAUAGGUGCAACCGAAGAUCUGUUGAGGAACCCUGCUGGAAACGAGCGAGCACAAGCAAACUUCCAGCGAGCGGGACAGAGAUUUUUUGAGCUACAGGAUCUCGAUUCCUCGACUCUCGCCGCUUCCACAUCAGGAUCAUAUUCCAAUUUCCAGGAAUCUACGCCAAGCACCUCCUCCUACGAAUACCCACCCCCCGCACUCCCUGCAGAGCCAUUACACACCCAGACCCUUUAUUCCGCUGCUACUAUUUCUGGCGAGCCCUACCCAUCCCAGCAGACACUGAUGGGAUAUCAUCCAGCAGCGUCCUCCAGUGACUAUGGUGGCUGCCAAGGAUCGUCCUCACAAGCAAUGCAUCCCGGGAGCCUCAAAGAGCGCAUGGAAGACUACGCUCCUCCCAACCCACGAAAGACUUCCCGAGGGGGCUUUCAACCUUCCGUUGAGAAGAUCUACGAUACUUCUGAAGAGAAUAGACUUCAAAGAAGGCGAGAACUGGGAAAUGUAGCUUGCAAGAGGCACCGGAAUAGGCAAAAGGAAACCUUGAGGAACAUUAAAGCAGCAGUCAUGGAACUCCAGAAUAAGAAUGACAAUCUCAGGAAACAAAAAGAACUCCUUGGGAUUAUAAGGGAUUUAUAUAUCAACUACAUGAAUGGUUGCUAAUUUGGAGCCAUUGCAGCCACCAAUAGUCAUAUACUAUCUUUGGGCUCCUUUAUUCUUGGUUGAAAGAGAGAAUGGCGAACAACAGUAACAAAAUAUUUUGAGCUCUUUUCAAAUAUCGUACUACCAGAUGUCACCUGACAGGAAUGAUGAGGCUUAACUUUUGCCAAAGACUGACGCCACAAACAAACAGCUGGUUCAAUGAUAUAAAGAAAAGGAAGCACUAUUAAUAGAGUUAUAUUAUUAUCACAGUCCCAAGUCCAUACUCUGCUACUGUUAGGAAUAAGAAUACGUUUGACAAGACCAUAAUCAUGAAUAUCAGAAGGAUAACGAACAUAUAAAUGGCCCAGAUAUAUCACAGAUAUGAGCUUUCAAAAACUAUAGUACCAAUUCCAGAUUAUUCUGAGUCACUUAUGUCACUCUGUCCAGAUAACAUCCAGAAGAUAUAUAUCAGUUCGUUCAGAGGUUGAACAUUUCUUACUAUUUUAAGACUAUUUAUCAAAUACACUCUUCAAUAAAGUUAUAAGUUU